AUGAACAAAGAGCCAAACUUAAACGAUAAGCAAUUAACUAAAACUCCAGAAGAACUUAACAACAAAUUUAUCUCUAACAAGCCUCGAUCCGAAGUGGAAUUUUCGGUUAUCGAAAAAACCGGCAGAUUGUGGCCGCACCACGGGGGAAAGAAAGCCCUGAGUGCUAGCACCCUUACUAGAAUUUUGCGAGAAAUAGAAUACGAAGAAAUUCCCGAAUAUAUUCUUCUCAGAGCCGCUGAAAGGGGAAAAAAUUUUCACGAUGCGGUUCAAACGUUUGUGCAGAGUGGUAAUCAUCCCUCCUUUGUUGAUUUAGUCGAAGUUGCCAAAUUAAAUAAAUUAGACAAAAGAAUUCACGAGACAAUUAAUUUUUUGAAAAAGAAUAAAUCACUAAAAUUGGGGCAUUUUUUGGGUAGUGAAAAACUUCAUCAU